GGCUUUUAUUCUGGAGGGUUGGAGCGGAAGUUGUUUUGUUAGGCUAACGGACACCGCUGGUGUUCAGAGGCAGUGUCUCUCCUGUGCAGACGUGAUGAAGCAGAAACUUUGAGGCCCAUGAUGAUGCUGUUCCACCUCAGAAGGAGGUUUUAUCUUCUGAGAGCUGGAACUGGAAUCCAGCAGGCCUGGACCAGUUCCAGCUGUUUCUUCAAGGACCCUUCCAGCAGCAGUAGCUCUGGGCUGGUCCUGCAAUCUCAGUCCACUGAUGUGUUCCAGAACCUGGCUCUGGAGGAUUGGAUCGACGCCCACCUGGACCUGCAGCAGCGCAGCAUCCUCCUGCUGUGGAGGAACAGACCUGCCAUUGUCAUCGGGCGCCAUCAGAACCCAUGGACGGAGUGCAACAUGCCAGCUAUGAGAAGGGCCAUGAUCCCUCUUGCCCGAAGACGCAGCGGGGGUGGAACGGUCUACCAUGACCUCGGGAACCUCAACCUGACUUUCUUCGCCUCCAAGAAAGCAUACGACCGUCAGAGGAACCUGAAGGUGGUCACGGAGGCCCUGAGGAGAGUCUGCCCCGACCUAGAUGUCCAGGCCACAGACAGAUUUGACAUUUUACUGAAUGGACACUAUAAGAUCUCAGGGACUGCGUCCAGGCUCAGCAGGAAGUCCUCUUACCACCACUGUACUCUCCUUCAUUCUGCUGAUCGCUCCGCCCUCUCCUCUUUGCUCCGCCCCUCCUGUACUGGUAUACAGAGCAACGCCACACCCAGCGUCCCCUCACCUGUUGCCAACUUGACAGACCACGCCCCUUCCUUGCAGUGGGAGGAGCUGCUAGAGGCUUUGGUGCAGCAGUACAAUUCAGAGUUUGGCCUCACGUCUGCAUUAACCCCUGUCAGCCCAUCCGAUGAGUCUCUGUUUCCCGGUGUGGGCAACAUGGAGGCAGAGUUGCGCAGCUGGGAGUGGACCUUUGGGAAGACGCCAAAAUUCAGGGUGGAGACACAGCUGGAGCUGAGGGAUAAGCAGCUUGCCGCUGGCUGCUCUGCUUAUCUACACAUGGAGGUGAAAAAUGGCCUGGUGGAGAGCUGCAGGAUGGACAUACCAGCGAACUGGCUUCCCUUACGGCUUAGCAGCACACUGAGUGAGGUUCUGCUUGGAGAACGGUUCUGUCCUCACAGAGCAGCUGCAGCUCUUACUGUCUUCCUGCGAUCUGAGAGCGGACAGCUACACAGACGGCUGUGUAACCUCUGUGAGGUCCUGCUGGCUGUGAUGGGUUAAAGCAGAGGACUGUUGUCCCCUGCAGGCUGCUAUGUUGAUUACAGGAGCUAGAGACAAAAGAAGCUUCAGUUAAGAAGGAAUUUAAAAUGUUUUAACCAGGAGGCAAACAUUAAAACAACAAUGAAGAAGUGCCUUAACUUUAUUGUGUAUCACACUAAACUGGAGCUUAGGAUUUAUUCUGUGUUGUUGUUUUAUGUUUAAACAGAUAAAUAACUUAAGUGGAAAUAUAUUUGAUAAUAAAGACAAACUUUACAUCUGG